GUUCACUCUCACCACUCACCACACGCAAUUAUUAACGACCGAAAGACCUGGAAGUAGUACAACAAGACACCGACCUUCCACAGGGCCGCCAUGGACUCGUCGUCGUCGCGCUCGGCGGCCUCCGGGGCCGCGCCCACCGUGUCGUCCGGCACCGUGUUCAUCUCGGCGGCCAUAUUCCUGCUGUUCCUGACGUUCGCCCUCGCGCUCAUCAUCCUCCGCCACUCUUACUUCAGCAGCACCGGCGCGGCGCCCAGUCGGCCACGGGCGUGGAGCGCCCAGAUGGUGGCCCCGCCUCCCAGGGCCAGGGGUGUCGAUCCGGAGCUGCUGCGGUCGCUGCCGGUCACGGUACACCUAGCCGUGGACGGCGUCGGAUUGGUGGAGUGCGCGGUUUGCCUGGCUGGGCUCGAGGACGGGGAGGAGGCGAGGUUCCUGCCCCGGUGCGGCCAUGGAUUCCACGCCGGGUGCGUCGACAGGUGGCUGGCGUCCCACACCACCUGCCCGCUCUGCCGGGUCACCGUCAGUAAGCCGGACGCGCUUACGUCGACGAGUCGCCCUUCCGUACCGCGGGAGCCGGCGAACUACACAGCGAACCUGCCGGCGAGUGUACUGCUCGGGGUUACAGACCAGGCCACGCUCGACGCGGUCACCAUGGCCACUGACGGAACGAUGGUGAUCGACGUUCCGGAGUCAAGGACCGUGGCACUGGCAGCGACCCCGCGCGACGCGUCCAAGUCUCCGGGCGUGAACAGGCUGAGGUCGGUGAAGAGGCUGUGGAGCUUCGGGCGGCAAGGGCCGUCGGGGUCCACGACGCCCUGCGCCGGCGGCAGCGGAACGGCAGACUUAGAGCAGGGCAUUAGCAUCACCUAUGCAUCCCCGAGAGCUCCGGUCCGGUGUAGCGUUGAGCCGUCGCCCGGAACUGCCGCCGAGAAAUCAUCUUCAUCGAGCGGCUAAGCUAUAUACGUACAUAUUUACACAUGCAUGGUGGUGGUGGUAUAUAUAGGAGUUAAUACAUGUUUUAGUACAUAAACUUGUGGUGGUGGGAACAGUUUCAUACAAAAACUAAAAAACCCCAAAAAAAUAGUACAUGAACUCUACUGCCGUAACAAACGCAUACAAAUCUGUCCGAACUAGUCCGCGUGGAGUGCCACGUCAACAACCUGCAUUUAUCUAGAAACCCCCCGGACUUGUCGCAAAAUUCAAUCUUUCGUCCUCACUCGCGCCAGGCUGAAUAGAGUUAAACAAAAACACCCUCAACGGUUCAGAUAUACAGCCGACGCCCUCGUAACCCCUCCCCUGUCUCGUCCUCGACGGCGACCCAGGGUGACACCGUCUUGGGCGUGGCGGCGCCGGCGAUCUAUGGAGCCGCGGCUUCGCGAACCAGGGGAGUUCCCUCCUGAGUACGGUAUGUACCGAAUCCCUUCCACUAUACCGCAAUUGGGAACCUAAUUGGCCUGGGUUUGGUUAGGUUUAGGUGGCCCAGAUGAUCAAUCCAUGUUCGUCAUAUUUAGUGCUGAACAGUAGGUGUUUCCUGUGUGGAUUGGUAUGAGUUUCCUGUGCGGAUUGAUGGUAGACUAGGUUUUUGGGGAUCGAGGCUGCAAUCAGGAACCUAAUCGGUGUGGGUUUGAUUCUGUAGUUGAUGUGCUGCUGUUGUAGUUUGUCUGGUGCUGUUGAUGGGGAUUAAAGAGGUGAUUUUAGCAUUCAGAUGCCGUUGAAGAUACCAAUAUGGAAGUGUAGUUUGUCUACUACUAUUGAUAGGAAUCCAUGCCUCUGUACUGCUGUUUGUAGCAUUGUAAUGCUGUCCAUGUGUUGAGUCCAUGUCUGCUGAUGA